AUGCCCUCACCUCCGGCCAGCACAACGACCUCCUUUCCGACCGCAGGUCCGUCGCGGCAACAGCACCAGCAGUACCGAGACCCUCAGCAGCAGUACCAGGACCACCACCACCACCACCUCCAGAACCACCAAGGAUCGUCACAGACUUACGGAUACCAGAAGCAGCACAGACUGUCCAGGUCCUUUCCCACCUCUACGAGUCACUUGGCCGCCCCUCGCUACCCAACCCCGACCGGCACACGCUCCGACCGACAGCAGGCUCCGGUCUCAUCCUCGCUUGGACUUGGUUCUCGUCUCGACACUGGCUCUGGCACUGGCACUGGCUCUGGCACUGGCACUGGCUCUGGCUCUGGCUCUGGCAUUGGCAUCGGCAUUGGCACAUCCUUCUCGCGAAAGACCCCGUCACCUCUCCCCCGAACUUCGUCGCUUCUUCCACCCCCACAACUCGCCCCGUCGCAGUCCUCGACGACCCAGUUCGAUGCUUUGAACCCCGACGCCGCCAUCGAUCCCGACUCGUACCUGCGAGCCCGACCGACAACUUCUCAUUCCCGAUCAAGCAGCGCUGCUCUGUCGACUGACGGUGUCAGGAACCUGAAUCGCUGUGGUGCUACCGAAGCCGAGUUCGAUGCCGCCUUGGACGCGGCUGUGGAGGCAGCAUAUGACGAUGGUUACGAGCCCAUGGACUUUUCAGACCAAGAAGCUUCCUACGUCUCUGACGACCAAGUUGUGGCGAAUGCUUUGCGCAAGGUGGAGCUAGCUAAAGAACGCGUUCGCCAAACAGAAAGAGAAGUCUUUGAGCAGGCAAACGGGAGGGACCAAAAGCCACAAGAGCAGCCACAAUACGAUGGAGACGUAACGCAUGAGGAUUUCUAUGAUGACGGUUCCUCCGAUGAGGAAGAACGCAUCUUGGAGGAGAUGACACGCGGGUACUCCAUCGAUGACUUCUCCUUCACACAAGGAACACGCCAACCUCCAGCACGAAACUCUGGCUCCAGUGACGUUGCCCAUGGGUCCUGGCAGAUGCCUUCGUCCUCGAAUACCGCGGCUGGCGGUGACGUCUCUUCAUCACCAACCGAUGCAUUCGCCGCGGCAAACUUCCCCAGAGCUGGCAGCUUUGCGGCGCCACCUCCAGUGCAGUCGCUGCCCGAGUUGCCAGCCAAACCUACUCUGUCUGGAGCUGCGUUUGAGCCUGGACAAACUGUUAGGAGCAGGCGAAUGUCGGGCCAAAAUCCAAAGCAGCUCAAGAUCGAGACCACCAAACUUUCCACAUUCGGCGAUCCCGGGCGGCGGUUCAGCGUUGCGCAGCCGAAUGACCGUGAUCAGGGGGUCGAUUUCAACCGUCAAGAUUCUGGUGCCCCGAACGGCGGAAAUGGGGCGAUGUUUAGACCGUACUCGCCCCCUGAAGGCGUCAGUCCAACUCAGCCAGUGCCUCCGACGCCUCCCCCUCUUGGUCAUCGAAGUCGCGACAGUGAAGAUUUCGCUGGAAGUCAUGCCGGUUCUCCAAUGUUCAAACCGACGCUGAGGAAGAAUUUCUCAUCUAACAGCUUGAGAAGCAUGAAGAAUAGGAACAUGUCACUAUCGAAUUUGGAGGACGCCUCAGAUAUGUCGCCAGGCACGCCCCUCAGCAGCGCGUUCGGUAUCAACGGCAGACAUCCGCCACUGCCAACACCUCUAGCGGCGGCAUUCCGUGACAAAUUCUCGUCAACUUCUGCCGGGGGCAUGUACUUGUUUGAUGACUCUCUUCACUCCCCGCAAAGCCCUGGAUCGCCGAAUGAGGAUCAGGUAGAUGCCCCGGCGUCGCUGGAACCAUGCCCAACAGAUUAUAUGUUGCGGCCUUUCUGGCUGAUGAGGUGCCUGUACCAAACAUUGGCUCAUCCUCGAGGUGGAUAUCUGAGUAACAAACUCUUUGUCCCCCGGGAUGUAUGGAAGGUAAAAGGCGUGAAGAUCAGGAACGUGGAAGACAAAGUGGCGACUUGCGACUAUCUCACAGCGGCGCUGCUCAAGCUGGCGAGGGUGGACACUUUGGAUGCAGAUGCUGUGCUCGAGGAGAUGCAGUCGCUAGAGAACAUUUUGGAACAGGUUCAGGCCAGUCUGACCCGAAAACUGGGAACAGAGGUUGGCGUGCAGACCUCCAACGUUAUCUUCCGGGAUGCUUCCAACUCAGCCGAGAUUGAAGCGGCGAUCAAUGUUCCGCGCUCGGCGAGCGUAACGGGCAAGUCGUCUUUCUCAUGGCGAAGGUUAAGGUCCAAGGGCUCGGCGGCAGGGUUGAACAAUUCUUUCAACGCGAAAAGCGCUGGGCCAGACAGUGGCAAGGAGUCUCCCACGUUAGAGACAUUGCCGAUGACAGAACACCCGACGAGCAAGCCUGCAAAGCGAGACCCAACCAGCGCUCAAUUCACCGGGCCGAACGCAAACUACAUGGGUUCACUUGCACGGCUAUUUGACGCCGCUCAGACAAUUGAUCAAAUUGCUCGUCAAGUUGAGGAUCCCGGACUCAGGCACGCCGACAAGACACAAGUCGGGCUCGAGCUCUGCACUAGGCACGCGGCCGAGUUCUUUGGCUUCUUCAUCUGUCGAUUUGUUCUGUCCGACCUCAGCAUCCUUUCUCUGGCGCAUGUCAAGCAACGACGACACUCGACAACCAACUUUUGGCUCUGGCGCUUUACGAACCCCGAGUCGGACUCGCUCGAUGCCGAGAAUUCCAACUUGAUGCGCAGCCCCCCAGCGACAGGCGUGCGCUUCGUGCGGGACCGUCUGGUCGGUGUUCCACGCCACUUGCGACCAUUUUGCACCCCGAAUUCGAGUCCGUACCGCCGUCACAUUCUCGCCCAGACGACGAGGACGACGCAGUCCUCACAAACUUCAGCAUGGAACCAAAAUUCUAGUCGAGCAUUUCACUGCGCCAUACCGUUACUGGCGAAACCUCCGCCUCCUUCCCGGUCUGCUCUGGCCCUGGAGGAGCGCAUCCUAGCCAUCCCGAUCGAACGAUAUCGCAACUUCUGCAUCGUUGCACAUAUCGACCAUGGGAAAAGCACACUUAGUGACCGCCUGCUCGAGAUCACCGGCACCAUAUCCGCCAGCGAUGCGAAUAAGCAAAUUCUGGACAAGCUCGACGUAGAACGAGAACGAGGCAUUACCGUCAAGGCCCAGACUUGUACGAUGUUAUACAAUUAUAAAGGCGAGGACUACCUGCUGCACCUCGUUGACACGCCGGGACACGUUGAUUUCCGCGCCGAGGUGACGCGGUCCUACGCAAGCUGCGGCGGCGCCCUGCUGCUUGUCGACGCCAGCCAGGGCAUCCAGGCCCAGACCGUCUCCAACUUCCACCUCGCCUUCGCACAGGACCUCGCCCUCAUUCCCGUCGUGAACAAGAUCGACAUGCCGUCCUCGGACGUGCCCCGCGUUCUGGAACAGAUGAAGACCUCGUUCGAGCUCGACCCCGCCUCCGCGGUGCUGGUGUCGGCCAAGACAGGCAAGAACGUGCCAAACAUCCUGCCCGCCGUUGUGGAACAGAUCCCCCACCCGGUCGGCGACGUCUCGAAACCCCUGCGUAUUCUGCUGGUGGACUCCUGGUACGACAACUUCCGCGGCGUCAUCCUCCUCGUCCGCGUCUUCGACGGCCAGGUCAAGGCCGGCGAUAACCUCGUCUCGUUCGGUACGGGGCAGAAGUAUACCGUGGGCGAGGUUGGCAUCCAGUACCCGAACGCCGUCCCGCAGACCGUCCUGCGCGCCGGCCAGGUCGGAUACAUCUUCUUCAACCCGGGUAUGAAACGCAUCCAGGACGCCAAGUUGGGCGAUACCUUCACAAAGGUCGGACUGGAGGAUACCGUCGAGCCGUAUCCUGGUUUUGAGGAGCCGAAGCCGAUGGUUUUCGUCGCCGCGUUCCCUACGGACCAGAGCGACUACACGCGUCUCGCGGACAGCAUCAGCCAGUUGGUACUGAACGACAGAAGUGUCACGUUGCAGAAGGACUACUCCGAAGCCCUGGGAGCGGGCUGGCGUCUGGGGUUCCUCGGCAGCUUGCACUGCUCCGUCUUCCAGGACCGUCUGAAGCAGGAGCACGGCGCCAGCAUCAUCAUCACAGACCCCACCGUUCCGACGAAGGUCGUGUGGGCUGACGGAUCCGAGACUGUCUAUCAGAACCCGGCCGAGUUCCCCAGCCAGGACGAACACCGCAUGCGUGCCGCGACCGCCUAUGAGCCAUUUGUAUCCGCCACCAUAACCCUCCCCGAGGAAUACCUAGGCCGCGUCAUUGAAUUGUGCGAGAGCCAGCGCGGUGAGCAGAAGAGCCUCGAGUUCUUCCACACGACGCAGGUCAUUCUCAAGUACGAUAUCCCGGCCGCGCAACUGGUCGACGACCUUUUCGGUAAGCUCAAGGGCGUAACCAAGGGCUACGCGAGUCUGGAUUACGAGGACGCCGGAUGGCGACCGAGCCAGCUCACGAAGCUGCAGCUGCUUGUCAACAAGCAACCCGUCGACGCCAUCUGCCGCGUGAUCCACACGUCCCAAGCCGAGCGUCUGGGCCGGCAGUGGGUUACCAAGUUCAAGGAGCACGUCGAUCGUCAAAUGUUUGAGGUCGUCAUCCAAGCGGUGGCCGGACGGCGUAUCGUCGCCCGCGAGACCAUCAAGCCGUUCCGCAAGGACGUCCUCGCCAAGCUGCACGCCGCCGACGUCACCCGUCGGAAGAAGCUGCUCGAGAAGCAAAAGGCCGGCCGCAAGCGCCUGCGUGCCGUCGGUAACGUGGUCAUCGACCAGUCCGCUUUCCAGAGCUUCCUCGCCAAGUGA